AUUGAAGUAGCUAGUACUAUAUAAGAAUGAUAGGUGGUUUAUGGCAGCUAGUUCAUUGGAGAAAGAUUCAAUCGUUGGAAGGCUUUAUUUCCCAACUUAGUGUAAUAGCCAGACUUGUUUCCUUUAGCCAAAAGAAAUGGUUGACAGCAUAAAGAAUAAGGUUCUAGUUAGGGAAUUCAAUGAAGAAAGAGAUAUUGAAGUGGUAGGGAAGCUUGAGAGGGACUGCGAGACUGGGUCUAGCAAAGGGGCCUCCAUGUUUACAAACAUGAUGAGUGACCCUUUAUGUAGGAUUAGGUUCUAUUCACUCCAUGUUAUGCUGGUAGCUGAGCUACGGGAAAACGGGGAGCUUGUUGGAGUGAUAAGAGGAUGCAUCAAGCAUGUGGGGACUAUACUAGGGGGAACCCAUGUGAAGUUGGGAUGCAUACUGGGCCUUCGAGUCUCUCCUAGACAUCGGCGAAUGGGGAUUGGUUUGGAACUAGUGAAAUCAAUAGAAGAGUGGUUGAUAAGCAAUGGAGCAGACUACACUUUCUUAGCAACUGAGAAGAAUAAUGUUGCGUCUACCAAUCUCUUCUCUAUUAGAUGCAGCUAUAUGAAUUUAAGCUCUUUAGUCAUAUUUUUUCAACCAAUCAGUUUCCCACUGAAGGCUCUCUCCAAAGAUGUAAAAGUAGAGAAGUUGCAUGUAGACCAAGCAAUUGCUUUGUACUACAACAAGCUCAGAGGAAAGGACAUCUAUCCAACAGACAUUGAUGCAAUCUUGAGGGAAAAGCUGAGCCUUGGAACCUGGGUUUCUUAUUUCAAAGACGACGAAUGGAUUGGCUUGCACAGCAAAGAGAAGAAUGAAGACUUUGUCACUUCAAGUCCAAGCACUUGGGUCGUCUUUAGCAUAUGGAAUUCUUGUGAGGCAUACAAGAUUCAUAUCAGAAAGUCUCACCCCUUAAAGUUUUUCCAUUCGACUCUAACCCAUGCUAGAGACAAGAUCUUCACUUGCUUCAAAUUGCCAAUAUGUGAUUCACUUGAAAAACCAUUUGGAUUCCUCUUUCUUUAUGGGCUUUAUGGAGAGGGUGGGAGGCUGGGGGAGCUUAUGAAAUCAGCAUGGAGCUUUGCAUCAAGAUUGACUGAAAAUGUGAAGGAUUGUAAGAUGAUCAUAACUGAGCUAGGAGUCUCAGAUCCUCUCAUAGAACAUGUACCUAAAGACUCCUCCAUGUCAUGCAUCAAUGAUCUGUGGUACUUGAAAAAAGUCAAUGGCAUCAACAAUAAUGAAGACCAAGACCAUCUCAUGAAUACAGGGGGAGAACUAGGGAAUGUCUUUAUUGAUCCCAGAGACUUUUAGGGGUUUGCUUCUUAAUCAUCCAAUUCUUAUGUGGCUAAAUAUGUCCAAAUAGAAAAUUAAGGCUUCUUUGUAUCCUGUUCUACUACUUUUGACAUUAGUCUCAUACAUUUACCAAAAAGUUCUUCGAGUUUCCAAUGUAAACCUUUUCAUAUUCCUAGAGUCUCGAUAAGCUUCUUCUGUUGCUGUCUGUGCUUUUUUUGAGUCUGAAACCAUGGGGGACUAUUUGAAUAGAAUCAGGAGAUAUUA